AUGCUAGAUGUUCGCGAACCCUCAGAAGUACAAGCCGGCCACAUUCCAUCCGCCAUCAACGUCCCCGUCAAAUCCCACCCAGAUGCCUGGCAUCUUCCGGAGGAAGAGUUUGAGGAUCGCUUUGGCUUCAGCAAGCCAAACCCGGACAAGGAGGUCAUAUUCUACUGUCGAUCCGGGGUCAGGAGCAGUGCUGCAGCACAGCUGGCGCAACAAAAUGGCUAUCAGAACAUCUCGGAGUACAAGGGUAGUUGGUUGGAUUGGCAGGAGAAGGGUGGACCGGCUAGCAAGCCAUGA